AUGAGUAGUUUAGUCGGGCGUAGAUUGGAUGCCCACCAGGAUAAUGUUGUGAGGCAGGAUGUCGUUAUCGAUUUUCAUUCAGUUGUUAUGGUCCCUAUUGUGACAGACUGCCUUGUCGGGCACAAGAACACCAUCAAUUGCUUAGCGGUCUCUCGCAAUGGAAAUAUGUUAGCAAGCAGGGGCUGUGACGGAAUGAGGAUCUGGGACCUCAAAAGGCGAGUGCAGCUCCCAACCCCACCUCAAACUCCAGCUGUUCGAAAUCCGGCCGACCCGGUGACUUGUGCAUGUUGGAUUACCCGCCAUGAGGCAACGCGCAAAAUGUUAUGUUAUGGCACCAGACUGGGUUUCAUAGGGAUUUGGCACCAGCAGGGGGAAGGUUUACAAGACUUUGACGCAAAAGUGUCAAGAAGGGUCGGAAUGGGUAAGGAGAUCAUGUGUCUCGCAUAUGACCAUACCGGGGACAAACUCGAAUUUGUUGAACUCGCUACUACCAUCCCACGCACCAUGAAUUUCAACUGCACUGCAAGUAGAAACAUAUUAGUCUUCGGCAUGUAUGACAGUGAGAUACAUACACUCAGAGGUACAGAUGGCAUUGUCAUCACCACAAACAGUGCUGGGCCAUUGAUCGGGUAUGCUUCAGUCGACGCAGCUCAAAUGUUGUUCCUGAUGGACAAUGUCACGAAUGGAUUCAGUUUACAUCGCUUGGAGGAUGCAGUAUGUAUCUGUACCUAUAAUACCAACCCAGUCAAGACAUUCCCGAAGCAAGUUGUUUUUGGGAGGAAGGCUACCCUCGUAGUUGGGGGUAGUGACACAGGAGUAAUUUACAUUUUUGACAAAAAUGAGGGAACACUGAAACAAGUCUUGCAACAUGCCGACAAGGGCCGAGUACAAACUGUGACGACAUAUGAUGGCACACACCACAGCUUGAUCUUCGGGGCAACGUCUAUGAACAACACAGAACCGACCAUCUCCAUCUGGUGUCGCAAACUGGACAGUGUAGCAAAAUCAACAAAUGACCAUCCUCUGGAAUCAGCGCUGAAAAACUUUGUGCGGGGAAUAGCCCAGCUAACUAUCACAAUGGCAUUAAUAGCAUAUGUCCUCAGGACCCACAAUACAUCGCGUAUCUCAUUGGCGCCGCUGGGAAAUGCCUGGCAAGAAUAUUCAAAAAAAUUUAAUCGACCACAGGACCUAACGGAUGAUGUUUGUCUCUUGGUAGAGAAAUACAUUGAGGAUCAGAAGAGGGGCGAAGGCUUUGAGAGGGUGCGAAGCCCAGUAGACAAUAAGAAAUAUGCCUGGACGAGUGAAGCCCACCAUAUUAGGCAGUGA